CGGCCUGGGCCGCCGCUGCAGCGGAAAGCUCGGCUCUGGUUUCUGAGUCGAUUGUGACCAUGGCUGCUGAGUCUGAUGUUCUGCACUUCCAGUUUGAACAGCAAGGAGAUGUAGUCUUGCAGAAAAUGAAUCUCUUGAGACAGCAGAAUUUAUUUUGUGAUGUUUCAAUUUAUAUUAAUGACACUGAGUUCCAGGGGCACAAGGUGAUUUUAGCUGCUUGCUCCACUUUUAUGAGAGAUCAAUUUUUACUCACGCAGUCAAAACAUGUCAGAAUCACCAUCUUGCAGAGUGCAGAAGUUGGCAGAAAAUUGUUGCUCUCUUGCUACACUGGAGCACUUGAAGUUAAAAGGAAAGAGCUUUUGAAAUACUUGACUGCUGCUAGUUACCUUCAGAUGGUUCACAUUGUGGAAAAGUGCACAGAAGCUUUGUCAAAAUAUCUGGAAAUUGAUCUUUCUAUGAAAAAUAACAAUCAACAUGCUGACCUGUGUCAAUCCUCUGAUCCAGAUGUUAAGAAUGAAGAAGAAAAUUCAGAUAAAGACUGUGAGAUCAUUGAAAUUUCAGAGGAUAGUCCUGUAAACAUAGAUUUCCAUGUUAAAGAAGAAGAAAGCAAUGCUUUACAGUCUGCAGUAGAGAGCUUGACAUCAGAAAGAAAGGAAAUGAAGUCACCGGAGCUGUCUUCAGUAGACAUAGGUUUUAAAGACAGUGAAAUUCGUAUCCUCCAUGUGGAAUCAAUCAGUACUGGGGGUGUAGAAAAUGGGAAGUUUUCACAGCCUUGUACCUCUUCAAAAGCAAGCAUGUAUUUCUCGGAAACACAGCAUUCACUGAUCAAUUCUACAGUUGAGAGCAGAGUGGCAGAAGUUCCUGGGAAUCAAGAUCAGGGCUUAUUCUGUGAGAAUACUGAAGGAAGUCAUGGUACAGUGAAUGAGAGUCAGAAUCUAGAGGAUGCUUUUUCCCUGAGGCACCAGUGCCCCCGGUGCCCUCGGGGGUUUCUUCACGUUGAAAACUAUCUGCGCCACCUUAAGAUGCAUAAACUGUUCUUGUGCUUACAGUGUGGGAAAACAUUUACACAAAAGAAAAAUCUCAACCGGCACAUUCGAGGGCACAUGGGCAUACGGCCCUUUCAGUGUACUGUAUGCCUGAAGACAUUUACUGCUAAAAGCACACUUCAGGACCACUUGAACAUACACAGUGGGGAUCGGCCAUACAAAUGCCACUGUUGUGACAUGGAUUUCAAGCACAAAUCUGCUCUCAAAAAGCACUUAACCUCUGUCCAUGGCAGAAGCAGUGGUGAAAAACUACCCAGGCAUGAUCUGGAAAGGCAAAAUCGACUAUAAUUAGAAUCACACCUUGCUAUGAUAUUGACUGAAAAAAAUGCACAAUGCGAGAGUUGCUGUAAGGACACUAAGGAUUAAGUGGUCAUGGAGGUAGAAGGGGCAGAGGAUCCAUCACACCCCACUGCACCCUCUGGACUUCCUGUUAGGUGAGAAUUAUAAACCUCCUACUUCUUUUAGUCACUGUUUUCCAGUCACUCAUAAAUAAAAAUUGUCUGCACAGGGAGCACCAGGGCCAGGGCAGGGGAGGGUGCUUCCCUGUACCAUUAAAAUGCUCACUUUAAGUUCCUGUCUUGAACAGGUUUAAGAUAAAAGUGUACAGUUCUGUGGGCCACUUAACGUCUGAAAGUUAAGAUGUUUCCUCCUAACGAGUUGAAAACGAUUUUAAUAAAAAGUUGUUUUUGCCAGCAGGUUUCUCACAUGUCGUGCUCGUGAGGCUCAAGCAAUUCAGUGGUUGGGAACUUGGGUCUCCAAGUGGUCGCUGUCGGGCAGUGUUUGGAUAUGGGGUCAUUUGUUUUUUGGAAGUUUACGAUUUUUUUCAGCCUGUCCUCCCAAUUUGCUGAGUCCCAAGGCAUCUUGAGAUGAGUUUUCUGUCUCUGCAAUACCACCUUGUCAUCACGAUUCCUUGCCAAGAUGUCCAGGUCGGCCCUUUUCUUUCUUGUCAGACAAGCGGCUGAUAGAGGACUUGAUGACCUUCUUCCUGGGGGCUUUGGGCAGCGAGUCCUGGCUGCUGUUACUGCUGCUGGGGUUGCUCACGGGGCCAUCCUGCAAACCUUUUGAGUGUGCCCAGCCCUGGUGUCCUCGGGGCUGACUGUGUGCAGCGCCCCUUUGUGCAUCCGGUCCAGCCGAAGGGACAGCGGGGAGGAGGGGGCCGAGGUUCCACAUUUUAUGGUCAUCUUGUCAUCUUGUACCGCUUCUCGGGAAGCUGGUGUCCUGGAAGUCUCCUCACGCAGCGCUGGCAGCCGGCCUUUCUGGGGGUGCGACCACACCACGCUGCUGCUGAAGGAGUCUGCGGGCCCAUCUGCCACGGGGAACCUGACAUCUGGGACGCUGCCCAAGUGGGGUCGGCCUUGGUGAUGGAGCUCCUCUCAGCCUCGUCUGGUCCAGUUCAGCUCUCAGGGCUUCCAGGUUUAGUCUUAGCUGAUCCUUACCAUGUUGCAUUUCUUCUAACUGCGUUUUUGCAUUCUCAACUUCUAGUAGGAGAGACUUCUUCUUUGCUAGAGUAGCUGUUCUCUCUUUAAGAUGAAGCUGAAGCCUCUUGUUAGAUUCUGAAAGAAGCUUGUUAACAGUGUCCGAUAAGCGUUUAUUAUGUUCUUCAUUCAUUUUCUCUCUGCCGUGCCUUGGAGAGUGCAGCCACACUCUGGGCCAGCUCCGCCUCCACCUUGGGGAGCACCUCUGCUAUCUGCAGGGUCUGCUGCAGCUUCUGCUGUGCCAGCUCCAGGCGUUCUUGCAACUGGCAGUUUUUAGCCUCAGUUUCACGGACAUCUCGUUUCAAUUUCGUGUUCAUUUCCUCAGAUUUAAUGAGGUCUUCUCUGGCCACGUACAGAUCUUCCUCCAGCUCUGUCACGUGAGUAGAGAGGGCUGCCAGGCGCUCCUUCAUCUGGCUCUGCUCUCUUGACUGCUUGUCUCUGAUUUCCCCAGAGCUCGAUCAAUUUAGCAAGGUCUUCCUCGUGAGAACCAUCAGAAGAUCUCCACAGAGAUCAGGUUCCUAUAGGUCUCCACCAUCACGUCCCUGUACAAGGCCCUCUGAGCAGGGUCCAGGUAUUCCCACUCCUCCUGAGUGAAUUUUAUGGCCACAUCCUCAAAGGUCAACCGUUCCUGAGAAAGAGCCAUCCCAGACUCCAGUUCUUUCCUCUUCCAGGCAUCUUCCUUAGGCUGUUGAAGCCAAUCCUGAAAGUUUCAAAGAUACUGUUUAAUGCUUGGACUCAGCAUACCCUCUUCCUGUGCCACAACCAUGCACACAUGGGCGACCUCACUACGUGGAAUGGACUGCUGCCCACAGUCACGGGAGGGAUUCCGCACAGUCAUCUCCCACACAGAGACCGACAGGUGAGGUUUCCCACACUUCCCUUCAGAUCAUGCUCGCCCAGGAGUUCCCUGGGGGCCUAGUGGUUAGGAUUCUGGGCUCUCGCUGCCAUGGCCUAGGUUCAGUCCCUGGUCAGGGAACUGGGAUCCUGCAGGCAAAGAAACUUUCCAAUAUAUGAGAAGAGAAGAAGAAUGCACUCAGGCCUGGAAUAAAUCUGACCAGUAAUGGCCACGUCCGGAUUUACUUGGGGCGGAGGGCCGGGUGCUGGGAUUUUAGGUCCCUAGAGAGUCCCACACCAACAGGAAGGGUAGCAGGGUGUGGCAUAGCACAAAUUUACGCUAGAAAGAAGCCCUCCCUAGAGUUUUACUCUGUAUUUCCGGAAAUGUGCCAAAAGCAAAACCAUGACUGUGUGGUUAUUUAACUGAGAGCAAUAUUUCAAAUUGUGUUACGAGCCAUUGCUCUCUAAUAUCCCUGUCCACGUAUAACACAAAACUUUUUGCUGUUAUAACAAGAUUAAAAUAUAGUGCAGGGCAAAUCAUAUUUUCUAAAACACAGGAACUAUUUGUAAAGAAGCCUGACUGGAUACAUCUUAUUUCAAGAUGUUCUGUUCCUCCUCUACUCACCUCAGCUUUAUUUAGAAUUUCUGCUAUGUUUAGUUUCUGUGGAAGCCCUUCCACAUUUAAAAAUGUAAUAUACUUUGUACCAUUUAAUGAAUUUUGUGAUGAAUCACAUGUUGAUUGUUAUAAAUGUUAAAUAUCUUUUUUGUGAUACUUCUGUGAAAAAUAUGUUCUUUAUAGAUUUUUAACUCUGGGAGAGAUUUUAAGUAAUCCAGCUCUCAUAUUAGAUAAGAAAAACAACUUCAUAAUUCCCAGGUCACUAGUUAGCGACAUUGGGUAGGUCACCUCUCCUUGAGCUUUUCUUAAAUUUAUAUGUAAAAUAACAACUUUGAUCUUGAUAAUUUGUAAGAUCAUUUCCAGGUCUAAAAUUCUAUGCACUCAAUUUUCUUUCCCAUUUGACCUAUGAUUGGCCAUUUGUAGGCAUGAGAACAUUUCCCUUUCAGAAAUAGUUUGUGAUUGAAGUGCUUUUCUUAUUUUUGCUUCCUAGGAUGAAAUUUUGUGGGGGAGGGAUGGAAAUGGGAGGGGAGAGUAAAAGAAUAGUAAUAAACUGGUUUUUUUAGAAAUUGGUAUCUAUCUUUGAUGUUUGAAAAAAUUAUGGUUGUACUAUGUUUAUGUUUUAUGUGUGCCUUGUAAGAUUCUUGUGAAAUUUUUUGUAAGCACUUUGAGAUUUUUGCUUAGGGCGAAGGGGUGUUUUGUGAAAGUGAUGGUUGUUAUUUAUUAUUAUUUAUUCCUGUUCGGUAGCACAGAGGGAUCUCAAAUCAUUCCUAGGAGAGUGUCUGUUUGCAUGAUGUGUCUAAACAAUUUCAGGAAAAUGAAAUCUUUUCUUAAAAUGCAGGUAUGGCAAAGUAAAGUGUUGAAUUUAUUCACUGAAAACAUUCACUUUUAGUUCUUUGUGUUUCUGAUAUGAUGGGGAAAAUAUGUAGCAUGUUUUGGUUCAGCCUCUUCAUUUACUGGAUUUAUGUAUAACGGAUCUUGGAAAGACAGUUGUUACUUUGGCGUAAGAGAAAAUCCUUGCCAUUUUUCCCUGGAUGUAACUAUCCUAUAUGUUUACAUAAGAAAUAAUAAA